AUGGCUACCGUCGGCGUCGGCACCAAGUCGAGAGAUAAAAAAGGUUUUUUUGUAAGUUCAAAAGAAAAGGGAAGACGAGAAAAGUUAAAAAAUAUUUGGAAAAGGAAGUGUUGUAAUGUGGAAGGUGAUGGAGGCGUUAGCACAAAAAAGAAAUGCAUCGAAGCCGGCAGCUGCAACUUUCGAGGCAGACGAGUAAUCGAGUUAGACGUGCUGGCCAGAGCCCUGGAUAGUGGUUGCAGUGCGUGUAGAAAAGCACUUCAGCUAUCAAACUGCCAGGAUGAGACUAUCUCUGGGUUGGGUAGUUUUUUGUAUAUUAUGUGCAGCGAUCCGGAAUGUGGAGAGGUAAAUGUGUGCACCACAAACAAAUCGCAUCGUGCCGCCGGUGCUGGUCGCGGGCGACCAGUUUUUGAUGUCAACACCAAACUUGCCGCAGGUAGGUAUAUUUUACUUGAUUAGCAGCUUUUAUCUGAACAUUUUUCCAAGCUUCAUCAAAAUUUAACAAUCAUAAUACCGUGUAAUAACUAACUUUUAAAUGUACAUGUACUGUGUUUAUACGCAGGAAUGUUACACGCCGGUAUCGGGGUAACACAUGUAAACGCACUUCUCACGUCGAUAAACCUUCCAGCCGUGGGACAAAACACUCUGAAGGCCAGAGAAAGAGAAGUUGGACCAGCGAUUGAGGCUGUUGCAAGGAAUUCAUGUUUAGAAGGGUUACAGUUGGAGAAAGAGUGUCGGAGGACCGGGGACACAGAGCAAGUUGUAAAAAUCGGGGUAUCGUACGACAUGGGCUGGCAGAAGAGGGGAAAGGGCCACAAUAGUUUGACAGGUCAGUCCUAUAAUGUACAUAAAGCCAUGAAAUAAUGGAGGUAUUUUUGCUUUGCCUGCGUGGCAUCCAUAUCAGUAACAAGUGUCUGUUUAUUCGUUAUAAAAUACAGUAUAAACAAAUUCACAACAAUUUUUUCUUUUGCUUAAAUAAUAACAAUAAUAAUAAGAUAAUGAAAUAGCAGGUCUAGAAGUAAAACUCAAUAGACCACAAAAUUUCCAUCCAACAGCAGUCAGGCAAUUUAACAUUUGAUUUCCUCCAACAAUAAUAUUAUUAUUAAAACCGAAUAUUGGAAGCAGGGUGCUUGUUCAAAUCAUCCCCAAAGACAGUGAAUGAGCUAAUUACUAGCAUUAUUAAUACAACAAUGAGUCAUUCAUUUAAUUUCUAGAGGUAUUGACUUUUUGACUAAAGUAAAUAAAACAAGACUAUUUUUCUUUCCUAGGAGUUGGGUCUAUGAUUGGGCUAUCUUCAGGCAAGGUGGUGGGCUACAGCACAAGGACAAAGAGAUGUGCAUUAUGUGAGGCAGCUAAGAGAAAUGGCAAGGAACCGAGGUCACAUGAAUGUCGGAUGAACUGGACAGCAUCCUCCAAGUCCAUGGAGCCCGAUGUUGCUGUGGAGUUGGUAAAGGGGGCCAUUAGUGCGGGUGCUCAAGUGUCAGUUAUGGUUGGGGAUGAAGACUCGGCCACAAUCAAGAAAGUGAGGGAAAGUGUCACACAUGAAGUUGACAAAUGGUCAGAUAUUACUCAUGCGAAACGGUCAUUUGGAUCCCAUCUCUACAGCCUGCAACCACAGCAUAAAGGAAUCCUUAGUACUAAAGUAAUUAACCACUUCUUGAAAUGUUUUGGGUAUGUGCUAAGCCAAAACAAAGACAAUGUUGACGGUCUGGAGAAAAAUCUGAAAGCCAUUGUCCCUCAUGCAUUUGGCAAACAUAAUAAAUGUGACAGUUCUUGGUGUGGGUUUCUGAAGAGCCCCACAACCUACAAACACAAGAGCCUCCCACGUGGCAAAGAUUUAAAAGGUGAGAAACUAGAGGAAGAUCUUAAUGCUGUUGUGGACAUCUUUGUCCAGAAUUCGGAGAAGCUUGCCCCUCUUGGUUCAAGUCAGUCGAAUGAAGCCCUCAACAACACCAUUGGCAGCAAAGCUCCAAAAAUUCGACACUACGGUGGCAGUGAAAGUAAUGAUUUUAGAGUGGCCUGUGCUGUCAGCCAGAAGAAUGUGGGUUAUUCUUAUGUGGCAAAGGUUAGCAUUAGCUUUACGUGACCACACAUCUGCUACUACAUUAAAGAGAAUAAUAUCAUAGCUUACAGUGCAACUACUAGAACUGAAGCCACCAAUGGAACAAUUUUUUUAUUAUUAUUUUUGCAAAAUAUCCUAAGC